AUGGACGUGGACGUGGACGUGGACGUGGACGUGGACGUGGACGUGGACGUGGACAUGGACGUGGACGUGGACGUGGACGUGGACGUGGACGUGGACGUGGACGUGGACGUGGACGUGGACGUGGACGUGGACGUGGACGUGGACGUGGACGUGGACGUGGACAUGGACGUGGACGUGGACGUGGACGUGGACGUGGACGUGGACAUGGACGUGGACGUGGACGUGGACGUGACGUGGACGUGGACGUGGACGUGGACGUGGACGUGGACGUGGACGUGGACGUGGACGUGGACGUGGACGUGGACUGGACGUGGACGUGGACAUGGACGUGGACGUGGACGUGGACGUGGACGUGGACGUGGACGUGGACAUGGACGUGGACGUGGACGUGGACGUGGACGUGGACGUGGACGUGGACGUGGACGUGGACGUGGACGUGGACGUGGACGUGGACGUGGACGUGGACGUGGACGUGGACGUGGACGUGGACGUGGACGUGGACAUGGACGUGGACGUGGACGUGGACAUGGACGUGGACGUGGACGUGGACGUGGACGUGGACGUGGACGUGGACGUGGACGUGGACGUGGACGUGGACGUGGACAUGGACGUGGACGUGGACGUGGACGUGGACAUGGACGUGGACGUGGACGUGGACGUGGACGUGGACGUGGACGUGGACGUGGACGUGGACGUGGACGUGGACGUGGACGUGGACGUGGACGUGGACAUGGACGUGGACGUGGACAUGGACGUGGACGUGGACGUGGACGUGGACAUGGACGUGGACGUGGACGUGGACGUGGACGUGGACGUGGACGUGGACGUGGACAUGGACGUGGACGUGGACGUGGACAUGGACGUGGACAUGGACGUGGACGUGGACGUGGACGUGGACGUGGACGUGGACGUGGACGUGGACGUGGACGUGGACGUGACAUGGACGUGGACGUGGACGUGGACGUGGGGUUGACGUGGACGUGGACAUGGACGUGGACGUGGACGUGGACGUGGACAUGGACGUGGACGUGGACAUGGACGUGGACGUGGACGUGGACGUGGACGUGGACGUGGACGUGGACGUGGACGUGGACGUGGACGUGGACGUGGACGUGGACGUGGACGUGGACAUGGACGUGGACAUGGACGUGGACGUGGACGUGGACAUGGACGUGGACGUGGACGUGGACGUGGACGUGGACGUGGACGUGGACGUGGACAUGGACGUGGACGUGGACGUGGACGUGGACAUGGACGUGGACGUGGACGUGGACGUGGACAUGGACGUGGACGUGGACGUGGACGUGGACAUGGACGUGGACGUGGACGUGGACGUGGACGUGGACGUGGACGUGGACGUGGACGUGGACGUGGACGUGGACGUGGACGUGGACGUGGACGUGGACGUGGACGUGGACGUGGACGUGGACGUGGACGUGGACGUGGACAUGGACGUGGACGUGGACGUGGACGUGGACGUGGACGUGGACGUGGACGUGGACGUGGACGUGGACGUGGACGUGGACGUGGACGUGGACGUGGACGUGGACGUGGACGUGGACAUGGACGUGGACGUGGACGUGGACGUGGACGUGGACAUGGACGUGGACGUGGACGUGGACGUGGACGUGGACGUGGACGUGGACGUGGAUGGACGUGGACGUGGACGUGGACGUGGACGUGGACAUGGACGUGGACGUGGACGUGGACAUGGACGUGGACGUGGACGUGGACGUGGACGUGGACAUGGACGUGGACGUGGACGUGGACGUGGACGUGGACGUGGACGUGGACGUGGACGUGGACGUGGACGUGGACGUGGACGUGGACGUGGACGUGGACGUGGACGUGGACGUGGACGUGGACGUGGACGUGGACGUGGACGUGGACGUGGACGUGGACGUGGACGUGGACGUGGACAUGGACGUGGACGUGGACGUGGACGUGGACGUGGACGUGGACGUGGACGUGGACAUGGACGUGGACGUGGACGUGGACGUGGACGUGGACGUGGACGUGGACGUGGACGUGGACUGGACGUGGACGGGGGGACGUGGACGUGGUGGACGUGGCGUGGACGUGGACGUGGACGUGGACGUGGACGUGGACGUGGACGUGGACGUGGACAUGGACGUGGACGUGGACGUGGACGUGGACGUGGACGUGGACGUGGACGUGGACGUGGACGUGGACGUGGACAUGGACGUGGACGUGGACGUGGACGUGGACGUGGACAUGGACGUGGACGUGGACGUGGACGUGGACGUGGACGUGGACGUGGACGUGGACGUGGACGUGGACGUGGACAUGGACGUGGACGUGGACGUGGACGUGGUGGUGGACGUGGACGUGGACGUGGACGUGGACGUGGACGACGUGGACAUGGACGUGGACGUGGACGUGGACGUGGACGUGGACGUGGACGUGGACGUGGACGUGGACGUGGACGUGGACGUGGACGUGGACGUGGACGUGGACGUGGACAUGGACGUGGACGUGGACGUGGACAUGGACGUGGACGUGGACGUGGACGUGGACGUGGACGUGGACAUGGACGUGGACGUGGACAUGGACGUGGACGUGGACGUGGACGUGGACGUGGACGUGGACGUGGACGUGGACGUGGACAUGGACGUGGACGUGGACGUGGACGUGGACAUGGACGUGGACGUGGACGUGGACAUGGACGUGGACGUGGACGUGGACGUGGACGUGGACGUGGACGUGGACGUGGACGUGGACGUGGACGUGGACGUGGACGUGGACGUGGACGUGGACGUGGACGUGGACAUGGACGUGGACGUGGACGUGGACGUGGACGUGGACGUGGACGUGGACGUGGACGUGGACGUGGACGUGGACGUGGACGUGGACGUGGACGUGGACGUGGACGUGGACGUGGACGUGGACGUGGACGUGGACGUGGACGUGGACGUGGACGUGGACAUGGACGUGGACGUGGACGUGGACGUGGACGUGGACAUGGACGUGGACGUGGACGUGGACGUGGACGUGGACAUGGACGUGGACGUGGACGUGGACGUGGACGUGGACAUGGACGUGGACGUGGACGUGGACGUGGACGUGACGUGGACGUGGACAUGGACGUGGACGUGGACGUGGACGUGGACGUGGGUGGACGUGGACGUGGACGUGGACGUGGACGUGGACGUGGACGUGGACAUGGACGUGGACGUGGACGUGGACGUGGACGUGGACGUGGACGUGGACGUGGACAUGGACGUGGACGUGGACGGACGUGGACGUGGACGUGGACGUGGACAUGGACGUGGACGUGGACGUGGACGUGGACGUGACGUGGACGUGGACGUGGACAUGGACGUGGACGUGGACGUGGACGUGGACGUGGACGUGGACAUGGACGUGGACGUGGACGUGGACGUGGACGUGGACGUGGACGUGGACGUGGACGUGGACGUGGACGUGGACGUGGACGUGGACAUGGACGUGGACGUGGACGUGGACGUGGACGUGGACGUGGACGUGGACGUGGACGUGGACGUGGACGUGGACGUGGACGUGGACGUGGACGUGGACGUGGACGUGGACGUGGACGUGGACGUGGACGUGGACAUGGACGUGGACGUGGACGUGGACGUGGACGUGGACGUGGACGUGGACAUGGACGUGGACGUGGACGUGGACGUGGACUGGACGUGGACAUGGACGUGGACGUGGACGUGA